CUGUUUUAACUUUUUAUUUGUUUCAUCUGAAGAAGCAGAAAAUAAGAAUUAAAGAUAUAUAUAUAUAUAUAUAAAAUAUUUAUAUAUAUAUUUCGAUGGGUAAUCAUCAAUCACAAGAACCAGUACCAUCAGCCAUCACUUCACAUUUGUCUCAAAAGGCAAAAACGAAACUCUCAGAACAAAGACCAAGUCUUAAACAGUUAUUUUCAAAUCAUCAUCAUCAACAACAAAAAAAGAAGAAAAUCAAUGCCGAUGAUCAAUGCCCUACACCAUCAUCAUUAUCAUCUCAUUCAUGUUCCUUAUCAGCAGAAUAUACCAUGAUCAAUGGACGAAAAUAUAUACAUACUCCUCAAUCUUUUUAUUUUUUACCUUGUGACGAAGAUGAAUCGGAUCGAUUGAUUGUUCUUCAUUUUCUUCUAAAAUACGCCUUUGGUGGUAACUAUAUAUCACCUGUACGUUCAUUAUUACAAGGUUCAUUUUAUGAUCGGCCAAAAGUAUUGGACAUUGGGACUGGUGCUGGAACAUGGAUUCUUGAAAUGGCCUCUGAAUUUCCAUCCACUGAUUUUUAUGGUAUAGAUAUUGCUACUAUGUAUCCUAGUGCCAUUAAACCAAAUAAUGCAUAUUUUCAACAACAUGAUAUGAUGGAUGGUUUACCUUUUGAAGAUGAAUCAAUGGAUUUUAUUUUUAUGCGUCAAAUGAUGACUUCCAUGACUCGUCCACAAUUGAUUCAAAUUUUAUCGGAAAUCGCUCGUGUUCUUAAACCUAAUGGAUAUCUUGAAAUUGUUGAUGUUGAAUAUCAAAUUCAAAGGCCUGGACCAGUAUCUGCUGCUUUGAUGAAUCAUGAUUUAAAAGAAAAAUUGAAAUCCGAAGGUAUUGAUUUUGAACUAUGUACACAAUUAUCUACAUUAUUGAUGACAACACAAACAACAAAAGGAGGAUUCGUUGAUACAAGACAACAACGUAUGACCAUGCCUCUUGGAUGGGGUGGCCACCUUGCCGAUCUACAUGCUACUUCUUUAUCUCAAUAUCUCAAGUCCUUACAUCCAUCUGUCACAUCGGCCAUUCGUACAACAAAACAACUUUCAACUUGGUCUCCACCUUGUAUGGAACAUACUACCACCAACCUUCUUACUGAUGCUGCUAUUCAACAUAUGCUUGCCGAAUGUAAAAAGUAUCAAUCCCAUCUUAACUGGUAUGCUUUUACUGCUCGUAAAUCAUCAUCGUCGUCGUCAUCUUCAUCGACAACAGCUACAACUCCAAUAGCAGCAACUGCAGCAGGAUCCAAAUCUACAGUUUAUCAUAUCGACAAACCAAUGCCUCCUACACCACCUCUGGAUCCUUUGGAAUGGGAAUCCAUUAAUAGUUUUGUUACGGGUUACGUAGAAUGAUUGUUUCCUUCCUCCUGUAUUGUAUUUGUGUAUGUAUCUCCAUCAUAGAAUCAACAACAUCAUCAUCUUUAUUAUUACUAUAGUUAUUACCGUGUUUCUAUUUAUUAUCUUCUUCAUUGAUAUUCUCCUCCCUUUCACUACUGUAUAUAAUCCCUUUUUUUUUUUCUCUAUCUCUCUCUCCUUCAUCUUCUUUAUCUAUUUUGUUUAUACCCUCUAUUAUAUGCCUUCUCCUCCGUUCAUUCUUCUACAUAGUCAUUCAAUAAAUAAAAUAAACUAACGUUGUUUAUCAGACUUGAUUUGUUCAUUCGUUU